AUGCGAGAAUGUAUCAGUACGGUACCUUUUUCUGUGGUGCUAAAUGGAGAAUGCGGUGACAGCUUUGUUCCUUUUAGAGGUCUCCGUCAGGGAGACCCUCUUUCUCCGUUCUUGUUUCUGUUUUGUACUGAAGGACUGUCUAUGUUGUUUCAGGAGUUUGAAGCCCGAAAAAAGAUUCAUGGUUUGCAAAUGGCCCACGGUUGUCCUCCUAUAUCUCACUUGCUAUUCACCGACGAUGCUCUUCUUUUUUGUAAAGUCAACAAUUCGGAGGUGCGGAUCAUUAAAUUUAUUUUGGAUCGCUAUGCUGCUUUAAAAGGUCAAUUGGUUAAUUUUGCUAAAUCCAGCAUCUUUUUCUCUCCUAAUACUGUUUCGGAUUUGAAAGAUCAGUGUGGACAGAUUUUAUGUAUUCAUAAUGUUGAUUGGCAGAACAAGUAUCUGGGGCUACCUUCUUUCUUAGGGAAGUCCAAGGUUGCUUCGCUGAAUUUCAUUUCAGAUCGGAUUUCUUCCCGAGUCAAGUUACUGAAAGGUAAUUUGCUUUCUAAGGCAGGUAGGGAAGUGUUGUUGAAAGCGGUGCUUAAUGCUCUUCCGACUAAUGCUAUGCAAUGUCUUAAGCUUCCAAAGAAGAAUUGCAAGGAUAUCACAAGCAAACUACUUAAUUUCUGGUGGAGUGGUGAGGAAAAGUCCAACAAAAUUAAAUGGGUUAGUUGGUCCAAUCUUUGUGCUCCCAAAUUUUCUGGUGGUUUGGGCUUUAAAAAUGUGGAAGCUCUUAACUUGGCGGUGCUUGCAAAGUUGGCGUGGCGAAUGGAAAUUGGUGAUGAUUCUCUUCUUGUUAAAUCCUUCAAGCAGAAGUACUUAAAAACUGUAAUUUUGUUGAUGCCCCAUAUAAAGCUAAAGCUUAAUGGGCAUGGCGAGGUCAAUUGCUGGAAAGACAAUUGGCUUCCGGAUUCUCUUCUGGGAUCAGUUUCCACUAGGCCGCUGUAUGCUCCAUUUUCUUCUGUUGCGGCUUUAAUAAAUCACUCUUCUCACAGUUGGAAUACAGAGCUGGUGCACCAUUAUUUUAACUCUCGCGAUAGUAAUUUAAUUCUUCAAAUUCCGUUGAGUGUCUUGGGAGGACCUGAUUGUAAAGUUUGGGGUGCAUCUUCUAAUGGAUCUUUUUCGGUCUGCAGUGCUUAUCAAAUUGCCUUAUCCGUUCUUCUAGAGAAUGUUGGUUCAGCGUUGACUGAGGGUUGUAGUUUUGAGGGUGCUAAGCCUGCCCAGAAGGCUCACAGGGACUUUCUUGAAUUUCAGGAAAUUCAGCGUCAAUCCAGUUUGCUUUCUCUUCCUUCCCCUACGGUUGUUUCUGUUCCUUCAAGAUGGUGUGUUCCGGCUUUGGGUUGUCUUAAACUCAAUUUUGAUGCAGCUUUUGAUUCAUCUAGAAAGCUAUACGGGGGUGGUAUGAUAUUGCGGAAUCAUGAUGGUCAUCCUAUCCGAGUGGCUUUAGUUUUUUUCUCUCAUGUUAGUGACCCAUCUAUUGCUGAAGCUCUCAUUCUUCGCAAAUGUCUCUCUCUUCUCCAGCUAUGGGGAUGUCAGAAUGUCGUGGUGGAGGGUGAUUGUCAGCCCGUUACGAGGCUUCAACCCUCUGCGGCUGCUCUUUGUGUGAUUUUUUAG